AUGGCACCAGCUAACUUUCUACCAAUCAAAAUAACAGAACCCUGCCCGCUACAAAGACAGCCGCAAACAUCUUCAUCAGCCACAAAUCACGUCGUCGCCAGCCACAACCACAGCAACAACAACAGCAACAACAACAGCAACAACAACAUCAACAACAACAUCAGCAACAGCAUCAACGACAUGACGACGACGACAACAUCGACCAAUAAAAAGCAGCAAAAACAUCUAACCGGAAGUUAUAUGUAUCCCAUUUCCGGUCAUGCGUCCCACGUUUCCGGUCAGCCACCUACAGCUCGUGAAGUGGUAACUGCUGCCUCAGCUACCACUGCUACCACUGCUAUUACUACUACUGCCACCACUUUCUACUUCAACGUUUUCACACUUCGAUCAAAAAUCCCUCGUCUAUUUUUGACUCAUGUUUGA